AAUAGAAGAGCCCGCGCUUGUUCUCUGUGCUCCUAGCUGAUCCCCUCCUUAAGCCCGCGUCUUGGUGGGCUCUUGGCUCCCGGGGAAGCUUUGACGGGCAGGUGGAGCAGCCAGUGGGGGAGUAGAAGGGGCUGGGCGGUCGAUGCUGGAACCUGAUCCGAACUGCGAGACCAGAGAGGAGGCUGGACUGUCGAGUGCCGAGGGAAGAGGGAGGGGGAGGAGGGUAGAGGCGGGGCGGCGAUCGCUUUCCUAUUGCAAUCAUUCACCCGGAUCCAGUGGGCUGAGGGGCGCUCCGCAGAGCUAGUGAGCAAGAGAGCAAGCAAGCAAGCCAGCAAGCUAGCUCCGGGCUGCAAAGAUCUUGGGCAGCUAGCCCCCGGGCCAGCACUCUGGGCUCGGCCGGGGGUGAGGGUGAGGGCUUCUUCUAAACCAGCCUCUAGACACCUCUCGCGAGCCAACAUGUCCGACCCCACGGUUAAUGCACAGCUGGACGGGAUCAUUUCGGACUUCGAAGCCUUGAAGAGAUCCUUUGAGGUCGAGGAGGUUGAGACACCCACCUCUACACCACCACGGCGCAUCCAGACACCACUUCUCCGCACCACUGUUGCCAGCUCCACACAAAAAUUCCAGGACCUUGGUGUGAAGAACUCUGAGUCAUCUGCCCGUCAUGUGGACUCCCUGGUCCAGAAGUCCCCCAAGCCUUCCCUAAGGAGAAUUGAGCUUUCUGGACCCAAAAGUGAGCCUGUGUCAAGGAGGACGGAAAUCUCCAUCGAUAUCUCCUCUAAGCAGGUAGAGAACUCUAGCAGCCCAGGGCCAUCUCGGUUCAGCCUUAAAAGAGCUGAGGUUCUGGGGCAUAAGACCCCAGAGCCAUCUCCCAGAAGAACCGAGAUUACAGUAGUCAAACCCCAGGAACCAUCCCUUCGGAGGAUGGAUGCUCCAGUGUCAAAGAUCCCUGAGCUACCCCAGCGAAGACCGGAUAUGUUUGCUGUACCUCUAGCUGAGGCACCUGCAAAGCGGGUUGAGAUCCAGGUCACCAAGGCAGCUGAUGCCUCACCCCCACCCAUUCAACCUGUGGAAAAUUCAGAACAUGCUCCAGCUUCUCCUCAGCAGAAAAGGUUGGAAUUCAAGUCCCAGACUGUGGUGGCUGAUAUUCCACCAAAGAACCUGGAGGCCUCAGAGGGAGUUCCUAGCCAUACUGGCAUCAUGGCAGAUAACUCUAGAGAAGCUGGGCUAAAGCAAGCCAUCCCCCAGAGGAAUGAGAAGGCCACCCUUGACUUUGGCUAUGUGGGAAUUGAUGCCAUCCUGGAGCAGAUGAGGCGGAAAGCCAUGAAGCAGGGCUUUGAAUUCAACAUCAUGGUGGUUGGUCAGAGUGGCUUAGGGAAAUCCACAUUAAUCAACACUCUGUUCAAAUCCAAAGUCAGUCGGAAAUCAGUCCAACCAGUUUCAGAGGAACGGAUCCCCAAAACCAUUGAGAUCAAAUCCAUCACCCAUGAAAUUGAGGAGAAGGGUGUCCGAAUGAAGCUGACUGUGAUUGACACACCAGGUUUUGGGGAUCACAUUAACAAUGAGAACUGCUGGCAGCCCAUUAUGCAGUUCAUUAAUGAUCAGUAUGAGAAAUAUCUGCAGGAAGAAAUUAAUAUCAACCGAAAGAAGAGGAUCCCAGACACCCGGGUUCACUGCUGUAUCUACUUCAUUCCUGCCACUGGCCACUCUCUCCGGCCACUGGAUAUUGAAUUUAUGAGACGUCUGAGCAAAGUCGUCAACAUAGUCCCAGUUAUUGCAAAAGCUGACACCCUGACGCUGGAAGAAAGAGACUACUUCAAACAAAGGAUCACUGCUGACUUGCUAUCCAAUGGCAUUGAUGUAUAUCCCCAGAAAGAAUUUGAUGAGGACUCAGAAGACAGACUAGUCAACGAGAAAUUUAGAGAAAUGAUUCCAUUUGCUGUUGUGGGCAGUGAUCACGAAUACCAAGUGAAUGGGAAAAGAAUCCUUGGGAGGAAGACUAAGUGGGGCACCAUUGAAGUUGAAAAUACUACACACUGUGAGUUUGCUUAUCUGCGAGAUCUCCUUAUCAGGACACACAUGCAGAACAUUAAGGACAUUACCAGCAGUAUUCACUUUGAAGCCUAUCGGGUAAAGCGUCUGAAUGAGGACAGCAACAACAUGCUUUCCAACGGUGUGGAGGAGGAAGUGGCACCCCAGGAGAUGUAGAAGCCUUACUUGGUCCCUAGGAUCCAUCUCUUCCACCUAUCCCCAUACCCCAGCCCACUACCCUUCCCCUCCUGUUUUAUUUUAUAUAAUUUCCUUCAUUUUCGUCAUCAUCCAUCCCUUUUACACGCUGCCAUUGUCACUUGACCAGAUAACAAGAUACCAUAUAUCAUUGUUGAGUGUAUUAAUUAUUAUCAGUGCCCACUGGCACUGAUCUUGGAGGGGGUGGGAGGCAUAGAGAUUUAUAUAUUGUGGGGUUCUGGGUUAGGGCAGGGUGUCUCUGUACCAUCUGAGACCUAGACAGGUGUGGACUAUAGGAAUGUGAAUAAUUUAGACUGUCAAGCCUUUGGAACUUGGUCCUAGGAUGCCAGCCCCAUUUUCCCCAUCCUCCUGAGAUUCUUCUGUUCUCUUGCCCUUAGCAGUUCUUUGGGAAACAGAUUCUGUUUAUUUCUAGGUCCAGAGAAAAGGACAGAAAGGAGGGGGGAUCUGUAGCUAGCGACCAUUUUAACUAGACAGAUUUGCUCAGUGCCAAAUAGCCUCAGGUGUUUGUGUAUGUGUGUAUGUUUGUGUGUAUGUGUAUACACACAUGUAUGCUAUGUAAGCAUGUCCAUAUGCUCACUUUCUUCCCCUAUGUCCACAUAAAAUCAUGGCUCCUUAGAAAGACUAUAAGUUUUUGAAGCACAGAGAUUCUGUGUCAUGAGAAAAUGGAUUGAGACCUAGAACAUAUGCUCUUACCUUUCCAUCCUCCCUCCAUCCUCUUGCAAAAUAAGCGAAAUCAGACAAAAGAAUGUUAAGAGCAAGAGUUGAUUCCCCCUAUCUUCUACCCCAGGGAAGUGACUAGUUCUAGGAAACAAAUGUGCCAAAUUCUGAAACAGUGACAAAACUGACUGUGUGCCUGUCCUGGAACAGAAAGUGCCUUUUAACUCUGCCCAUCCAAAUAAAUCAGUUGGGGGUUUCUUUUCUCUCUGAUAUAGUCCCUUGAGCUGGGAAAUUGGAAAGGAAUAGAGAUCAGGUAGUGUUCUGGUUUUGCUUUCCGCCAGCUGUUAUUACUCUGUUGGAAUGUAGAAACUGCUGAUUUGCUGGUAACUUGCUUGGAUUUAUGAUUUUCUUUAAAAAUAAAAUAAAAUAAAUUUCUUCUCCCUUUUUACCUUCCUCCUCCCCAAGACCUUUUUAAAAUUUUUUGAAAUGUUAGAAGCAGGUUGAUCUGACAAAGUAACUGAGGGUGGAAAUUAUAGAUGUUUGAACAGUGUUUCUUAAUAAUAUUGAAUAAGAAGAUUUUCAGUGAGUUUAUUUCUUCUUCUUAGCUUGUGUGGGCUAGCAUGCUUACUCAUGCCUACCUCUUCAGUUUGGCUCAGUACUUUGUCUAGGGGACCUAUCCAAGGCACAUUUGGCCUGCUUCCACUUUCUCCCAACCUCAGCAUAUAGCCACCUCAGUCUGUACCAAACAGUUUGAAGCUGGAUAAUUUCUAGGUGUUCAUCACCUCUGAUCAUUGUACUCCUACACUCAUAAUUUCAGAGUAGCCCUAGCCUAGAGAAAAUAUUUAAUGAGUUAUAGGGUUGGAGGUGGAAGGAGUGAGGGUUACUAUAAGCCAUUUUCCCCUUAAACCAUUCCAAUCAACCAGUAGAAAGAACUACAGGACCCUUAAAUAAGAGAUGUAGAGAGUCUUGUAGAUAGAGCUACAAUUCCAGAGUGGUGAUAUUUGCAAAAUUUUAUUUUUGAUGGUGAUAAUCUGAAUUUUGUGUUUAACUCCUAUCCCACAUAGGAAAUAUAGGAGUCUUUACUGAGCUAUGUUGAGGGAACACUGUUUACUUGCUGAUUUACUAUAUUUUAGCAAAAAGAAUAUAUAUACAUACAUAUAUGUUUACAAACAUAUAUGUAUAUGUAGCUAACUUUCUAAUGUCUGUGUAGUGAAUUGGGGUGGGAUGGGUGGAGAUCAUUUCUACAGGAUGCACUUCUGCUCACAUCAUGUCACUGGCUUGUGUGAUUUCCAGGCAGCACUGCAUCAGGGCAAAGCAAGAUGUUCAGCUUUUCCUUCUUUUUACCCUUAAUUUUUUAAAACUGUCAAGAUAUCAUGGCGAUAAAUUCCAAAAAUGACUUUUUUGCGUUGUGGUAUAACACAUCCUGACACCUUUAACUCUUUUGUAUAAAUAAUAAAAUGUUUAAUAUGUGUUUCCUGAAAUAAAUGUUUCAAAUGCAAAUGGUGAAAGAA